CGGGGUGUGUUGUACACACGUACACAUGUGCAUCAACGUGACGUAUUGACGUAGAGAGCACUUGUUGCGACGGUGAUCAAUGACAAUGGGUAAAGAUCAAUCAAAAAGCUAUGUGGUGUGAGCGUACUGCUUAACCAGCAGCUGCACGUUAAAUGCAUACAUGUACGUUUGUAUCACUCUAAACCGGCAUGAUCAUGUCCCGGACUGAGUUACUGCCUACUGGAAUAUACUGACGUGAUUAGAAAUAGAAGAAAAGCCUGUCAUGCCUUUGGAGAAUAAAGCUCAAGAAUCACAAAGGUUGACAACUAAACAGGUGCUGAGAUUGAUCAUGGAAUCGACGGGAAGCACAUCAUCUAUGAACCAAUGUGAUGGGCAGUAUCAAUGAUCAAGAAUGGCACUGCAAAGCAUCCGUUUGUCACAGAAGUGAUUUUUUAUAGAGUCCAGAACUCGGGUGAAAAUCAAUGGACAUCAUGAAGUUCUCUAUUCAUGCAGAAUUGAGGCCUUGCGUGGCUUCCCUCCCUACAUGUAGGUGAUUUGUGUACAUGUAUGUACGUGGACAUUCAUUGUGCGUUAUAGCUUUUCCAGUGAGAACGUAUGGAUGAGGAGGCAGGCUAUGGCAGGAUGGAUAAUGAGAAAGAGGAAGGAGAGGAUGCUGACGUUGCCGCCUAUAGGAACUUCAUCGUGGAGAUGGAGAGAGAGAUUGAGGAACAGUCACCAGAUGGGGUAAUGGAGCCAGAAAACAAGCUUCUACUUAAAGCAUCGCCCAUUGAGAAACCUCCAGAUGUUGGUAGACGCUUAGGUACCCCACCAGCUCCUCCCAAUGGAGUCCUACCGGUAGUACAUUCAAACAGUAACGUCAGUGGUGGAGACCAUGCCAGCAUGGAUAGUGCUAGGUUCAGACCUAGGAGUAGUUCACCUAUAACAGGUCUUACUGGCAGGGGUUCCCCAAUAAGGACCGUUCACACACCCCCAGGGGAUGUAGACGGUACACUGACGCCAACUUCCCCAAGGAGUAACUCUCCCAUACUGGUCAGAACUCCCUCACCUGUGCUGAAUCGCAGCACCUCCCCACUAUGGGAGAAGAAACCCAGGAAUCGCAAGAGUGCCGUGGUGUCUGAUCCCGUGAUACAGGUGAAGGCUGCCAGGGGAAGUCUCACAAGCAAUGGCAAAGCACGGUUGAUGGACGAUGUGGACUCGGUUGAGAGACAGAAAGCGGCACUUGGGAAGAAACCAGAGCCUCCCAAAUCCAGAAUAAGAACAUUUAAGCAGCGUUCAGCUCAGGAGAACUUUGGUCUGUAUGGUCUCCUGACACCCGCACUGUGUCUAGUGCCUGCAGUUGAUGGGCACGAUGCCUUGACUCAAACCUUCUCGGAUCUGUGCGGUGAGCACCGGGAGCUCAAGUUGGCUGCUGCUCACAUUGAUGAUGCUAUCAAUGGAAGGGGCAAGUGGGGCAAAGCAAGGGCAUUCUUUGCCUCCAAGAAGGGACAGUUCUGCUUCAAGGUGUUCAACAAUCGAUUCUUCACCUAUAUCGUGCUGUUAGCGGCAGUCUUGCACAUGGUCAUGGCUUUCCUUGAACCUCCAGCGAUUCAACCGACAUCUCCUGCAGUCUUUGUUCUGACCAUCGUCUCCUUGGCGGUGUAUACCAUGGAUGUCUUGGUACAUAUAGGCUUUCUCUCCUGGAGAGUCUUUUGGUCUCUUGAUGAAAACAAAUGGAUGAGACGGGAGUUUGUAUUCUUGUGCAUGUUCGCCAUAGAUUUUAUUAUCCUGGUCAUUCAAGAAAUUCUGCAAGUUCGCCUUUACCAACCUUUUCGAUGUCUGCGGGCAGUCAUCAUCAUAUGCAAAUGGAGGAAUGUGGGUCACAUUUUUGACACCGUCCGCUCCAUCAUAUUCAAUCUCAUGAAAACUUUCUUCAUCAUCUUAAUAUUUAUUAUCAUGUUUUCGGCCAUGGGUGUGCAUCUCUUCUCUGAGUCAUAUCACUUCAUUGACUGCAAUAGCACAGACACCAGCAACUGUACAGAUAAUGCAACCUUCAACAUUUACACUGGUGCAUUUGAUAACAUUGGCAUCACAGCUUUGAGACUCUUUGUUCUACUGUCCACAGAGAAUUUUCCGGAAUUCAUGAUUCCAGCCUUCAACAAGAGCAACUGGAGUUUUUUGUACUUUGGUAUCUUUGUCUUUGUGGGAGUGUUCUUCCUGACGGCCAUUCUACUGGCCAUCAUUGUGGACAGCUAUUGGGAGUUUGCCAAGAAGCAUGUGAAAACGGAGCGAUCAAGGGAACGUGCUGAGCUGGCCAAAGCAUGGAACCUGAUGGACCCGUUAGGCAAAGGCAGCUUGCCCAUAUAUGAUGAGAAGUUCAUCAAGCUCUUCAAAAUUCUCAAACCACAGAACACAGAUGAGAUGAACAUGCAGCUGAUCUCCUAUCUAGACAGCAAUCAAGAUGAAGUAGUGGAUUCCUUAGAAUGGACCAUCAGACUCAACGAGGCACUCAGCUUUGAAUUUGAGAUGGAUGAAAUGCAGGAUACGAGCUCACGCCCUAAGUGGUUGAACCAUCUCAAGGAAGUUGCCAAGAAGGUCAUCUUCUCAGAAUGGUUUACCCGUGCUGUCAUGGUUCUCAUUGUGGCUCACUGCAUUCUCUUCUGUCUUGAAUGGCGAGGAUUAUCUGAAGCUGGCAGACUAGGCAUCACAAUGGGCAAAUCAGUCAUUAUUGGUCUGUUUGUGGUUGAGGCCUGUCUACGUGUCUUCAGUGAUUGGAAGAUACUCAAGGAGGUGAUAGAAGUCUUGGAUAUUCUCCUGAUUCUCAUUGCACUGAUAAACAACAUCCUGUGGUACUUUGUUACCGAGCAUCAGCAGGUCUUUGAUGUAAUUGGGGGUUUGGUGGUAGCCUUCAGAGUCGGCUUAAACUCAGCUCAGACAAAGAAAGUUGUGGUGUUGUUCUUCACCAAAAUCUUCCCGGUCAUGUUUGAUCUGAUUGUUCUUGUGUUUGUCAUCAUGUUCUUUUAUGCCAUCGUUGGGUAUGAGUUGUUUUACAGCCAGACACCCAAUCUAGACUACACUUCUGGGCAUUAUGAUUACAAGUGCAAGCUUGGCUUUGAAACUGUUGCUUGCUCCCUGUUGAUCGUGUUCCAGAUAAUCACCACAAGUAACUGGCAUGAGAUUAUGAACUCAGUGAUGGUUUCCACCACAGACUGGGCCUGCUUGUACUUCAUUCUGGGCUUCAUCUUUAUCAAUCUGAUCAUCAUGAACCUGUUUGUUGCUAUUGCCAUUGAAGCCUUCAACAAGUUGGGGACAGAGAAGGAGCUGGCUGAUGAACAGGAGACAGAUAAACCAGCUGAAUCAGAGGACGCCAACUUUGCUGAAUCUGCAAAGACGUUUCUGAAUAAUAUUUUUGAGAGUUCAAGGGCAGAGCAAGGCAAGGAUAGAACUGAGCGAACAAAUCGACAGAAUGGCAGCCCACGGAUGAGAAGACCAAGCAGGGUGAGCGUGGUUGGCAGGGGUGGAUCCUUCAGUCCUCUACCCCUUCAGGCCAUGAGUCAGUCCAGCCUCAAGACCACAGAAGAAGAAGAGGAGCCAGAUGAGGAGGAGGUGGAAGAUUACUCUGGUCUGACUCCCCAGGAGCGCAAAAGGAAACAGCUGAAGAAAAAGAUGAUGAACAAGAAGAAGAAGAAAGUUCCUAAGACUAAGAUCAUUGUGGUGACAGCUUACAAAGGCAGCAAGGAUCAGGAAUUAGAUCUGAAUGUGGGGGAUGAGGUCACCAUACUACAGAAACAAGACGAUUGGUGGCAGGGUCAGAUCAAUGAUGAGAAGGGUUGGUUCCCAGCAUCACAUGUCCAAGAGGUCAAACGUAACAGUGUGGUUCACUUCCAAAGCAAUGCAACUGCUGACUUAUCCAACGACAAUCCCAAACCAGCAUGGAAUACAGAUACUAUGGGAUCACUAGAUGGUGCUGAUGCUACACUACCAAACGCACAAGACACAUCUAAGGAUCAUCUACGUCCAGUUGGUAUGAGUCAGAUUGCAUCCCUGGCCACUGCUGCUAAACACAAACCACGACUGAAGGUGCGGAAUACAGGCAGCUGGCGUAAAGAAAUCCUGGGUGACAUCACCGUCAUGAAUCCAGAAGAGCUGAAAGCACUCAACAAGAUUCUGAAAGGCCAAUCAGGAAGAGGCUCACUGACAGGCUCCCUCACACUUGGAGGAACUUUAAGGAAGCAGCCAUCUGUCAUGAACGACAACAUUAUAGAGGAAGAAGUUGACAGUGAGGCAUCAUUAUCACGGACAGUGCCUCUGCCUGCACCCCCCAAACCACGUGUAACUCCUCCCAUGAUCAGUCUAGAGAGAGCAGACACCUUACCGUUGCCAGACCUGGCUGAGAUUGUUGAAGAAGACGAGGAAGCUUCUACAUCCAAGCCAGGCAGUCCUAGCAAAUAUGAGGACAAUUAUCCUUCAAAGACUGACACUCUAACGGUUGACAAGCCAGAGGUUCCAGCCAGUGUCAAGAAGAAACAGAAUCGUGAGAAGACCAAGAAUGGUGAGAUGCCAUCUUGGAUGUUGAAGUUUGCCCAAGACAACAAGCUCAAUGUGUUGUCGGACGUCAAGUUUGAGGAGUCCAACAAGGAAGCUGCUCCUGUCUCAACAUCAGAUGAGGAAAUGCAAAGUCUACCUGGGAAGGUUCAAGCAGAUGGAGAAAGUGAAGUAUAGCAUAAUGCUACCAGUGGCCUGGCUGAGAUCCCAAAUGGAAUUGAAGAAAAAUUGCUUUCAGUAUCAGAUCAAUAAUCCUCAGGAUAAUAUGAAAUUAAAAGGUGCAAAAUAUGUACACUUUACUGAAAGUGGGAGUUAUGCAGGCAAGAUAUUUUGGUGCAGUGUUUUUGUAUAGAGCCAAUGUGUUUCAUAUUUUGUUGAUGAUUCAAAUUCAAGAUGAAGUUGUUUUAUUUUAGCCAAAGAGGGGUAGCUCGCCGCACCCCUAAAACUGUCCAUUUGAUCAUGACCAAAUUAAGUAAUUACAAUAAGACUUAUGUAUUUACAAGAUUUAUACAAUUUCAGUAAACAUUUACAUGUACAGUUGAUAUUUUUUGUAUUGUGGAUAUUUUUGUACAAAUUUAGAGACAUAUUUACAGGAGUUUUGAAUAGUAGUCAUCACUUUAUAUUUGUCUGUUUUGUACAUUUCGGAGAAAAGUCAUAUUUCAAGGUUCGACUGAAUGAAACGAUGUUAAAUUUAUGUAUUUAACUUAAAUGAUUAAAAUUCAAGAUAUAAAACCAGGAGUCCUUUUGGACAUUUGACAGCAAUACAUAUAGAGAUAUCCUGCUCUAUUGUACUAUUUUUAAAUCCAUCCUUAAUGACAUUUUUAAAAGCAAUAAGAACUUUUGGUGAAGAGACCCAAAGCAAUUGUAAAUAUUUUUAGAAACCUUUAUUUUUUAAACCAAAUGCACCGUGUAGAAUAUACAUGUAUACACUUCCACCAACAGAACAAGUAGCCUGCAAGUGAACUUUCUAUUGAAACGAAUGUUAUUAUUUUUUUUAAAUUCCGUCCAAUCAAAUCAAUGACCAUAUGAAAUCAGAUCCAAUCUGUUCCGUCCGUAUUUAUUUUUUGUCCUCACAAGCAAAUUACAAUAUGAAAUCAGAUGGAGUUUCACUGUAAGUAUUAAUACCUCUCAAGUUUACCUGGUCCUAUUGGUCUAGAACCCGUCUCAUGGGUGGUCUUACACUGCAGUUUAAACACCGUUCAGAGAUGUUAAAAAUCGUUCGCAAGACGCGCUGAAUUCUGCGCCACACGCAUUCAGUACUUGCCGCACGUGCCUACUACAACUGGGUACUUGGAAACCACUGAUAUAUCUCCAUAUAAGGAGAAUGAGAUAUCGAGCAAACCACGCUGGCGGCACGGGCCAUAGAUGUGGCCUGAACAUGUCUUAAAACUGUUUGAAAAAGUAUCAUCGGAAUUUUGUCAAUUUUAUGACUUUCUUUUUAAAGUUUUUGACCAAUAAGGUAUUCAUGAAUGAGAACAAUAGUGUGGUAGAGUAGUUUUAAAAGUCUGAUUGAAAAUCAGUCAGGGGCCUGGUCGCCGAUAAUGGCCAUCACCAAACCGCUUUUAGAUCAGAUGUUUGUAACUGCUCUACCAUACUGUUUUUCCCUAAUCGAUGGUAUUUACUUUUUUAUUCAUGAUUAGCCGUGUGCUUAAAGACGAUUCCACAUUAUGUUCAUACUUUCAAUGAAAGGAAAACACAGGAAUGUCAUUUUAUCCAUGUGAGUAGCAAUGUAAUACACUGAAGCAUAACCCUGAAUUCACACAGGGCCUGGUGUUAAAACCCAACCACAUGGUGUGGAUUUGAACCAGGGUCAAGUGGGAUACCAUAGAGAGUAGUACAACCUUAGUGCUUAUAAUUUAUGCUCUCUUGAUUUUUAUAUUACGGUUACAACUGAUGAUGCAAUAUAAAAACGUGUGGUAUUAUUUUUACUCCACUGCUAAAUUGAGUGGCAAAAUUGUGCCCACUUUCUACAAUGGAAGCAGGAUUGGGCUUCCAUAAACAAAAAAGUUAUUGUAUGUAAAUUUCAAAAUGGAUUUGAACCUAUCAAUGUGUGUGAGCAUAACCAUGUUUAUUUUUAAUAUCAAAUGUUAGCAGAUUAUCCAGAAAUCUUUGUAGUGUACUGUGAAUGGUUGAGGCAGGGGCAGCUUGAAAUCUUUCUAGCAUUAGAUACACAGUUAUACAUGUAUUCCCAUCACUUGUACAGACCCCACCUUGUGUCCAUGGGUUCGUGAAUGGAUUCCAUGAUUACAUAUAGCAUUUUCCUUUGUUACAUGCUUAAAUUGUCAUGUCUGAAUGGAGUGGUCAUAUAAAACUUGUACAAUAUCUAUGCAAUUAUUGACACCAUUCCUCACUGAAGAAAUCUACAGAGUUACACAGUUGUUAAAGCUGCAUUCCCUGUGCUCUUCAACAAAUUCAAUUUUUGUUUGUUAAUAAUUUUGGGAUGGAACUUGACAAUAGCAUGGGGAAUGCAUCUUUAACCCUAACUCCGUACUGUCUUUACUAAGUACUAGACCAAGUCCACCAAAAUCCAUCAAUCACACUGCUUCCAAUGCAUGCUUUGCUUUAGGCCUCCAGGCCCAAGUCCAUCAUACUCCAGCAAUAUGUAGUCACACCAGGCAUGCAGGACCAAGUCCCCCAAAAUCCACCAAAAUGGGGGCAUGGAUUUUGAUGGAGUUGGGGAGGUUAGGGUUAAAGAUAAGAAAAUACCACUUGAAAUGUUGAAUCCUUUCCCUUUUGCAGUGUAUUUUGUUUUUCUUAUUUCCUAUCCUCAACUAUUAGCCAGUAUUUUCACAUCAUUUACGACACAGAUACACUGUUAAUAUUCAAGAUGCUUUCUAAGACACAGUAUUCUUAAAUGAUUUUUAAGCACAGAGGGUAUUAAAGACAAAGACUGAAAAUGUGGGAAUGCAACUUAGAAAUCUGUUGGGGAGAUUUUUGGUUGGAGUAGUUUUGUACCCCUUUUUAAAAGGUUUAUGCAGUGCAGGUGUAUCGAGUUAUUCUCAAGGGCGUGUUCUUUGUAAUUGUAAUGAGUUGUAAUGAAUGCACUAACGGUUUACUCAUGUCUAUCCCAGCGAUCCACCACCAUUAUGGUACAACUACAAGUGGUAUAUUGUACAGUACACUGUGCAUAUAAUUAUUUUUAAAACUUCUUCUGUAACAAAUUCAGGAACUUGAAAAUUAGGUUUGUGACUUGAGUACUAUUCACUCAUUUUGGAUCAAGGAUUAUAUGUUAGGCUCAUACAUGUAGUUGUAAUACAAACUGGGUGUCUGUUGAAUCUAAAGCAAUGAGCCAUUAAACUCAAUGAUUGAUUCUGGCAUA